GUAGACCUACCCUCAGACGUCUUCACCCUGCUGGGCAUCCCAGGACUGGAAGCUGCCCAGAUCUGAAUCUCCAUCCCCUUGUGCUCCAUGUACAUCAUUGCUCUGUUCGGGAACACCAGGGUGCUAGUAGUGAUACUGGUGGAGCGAAGCCUCCAGCAGCCCAUGUACCUUUUCCUCUCCAUGUUGGCUAUCUCUGAUCUCAUCCUCAGUUCCACCACGGUGCCUAAAACGUUGCUCAUGCUCUGGUUCAAGGCUGGGGAAAUCUCAUUUGCUGCCUGUCUCACCCACAUGUUCUUUGUCCAUGCGGUUUUUGCUCUGGAAUCAGCCAUCCUGCGCAUGGCAUUUGAUCGGUACGUUGCCAUCUGCGACCCCCUGAGAUACAGAGCUGUAGUAACAAAGCCCCUGGCAGGGAGAAUAGGGGUAGCAAGCAUGCUCAGGAGCCUGUGUGUAGUCCUCCCAUUUGUCUUGUUCCUUAAAAGGUUACCAUACUGUGGCCACCACAUCGUCCAUCACACCUACUGCGAGCACAUGGGCAUAGCCCGGCUGGCCUGUGCCGACAUCACAGUCAUUAUUGUGUAUGGUUUGAUCGUCACUUUCCUAGCCAUAGGGUUAGAUGUUAUCUUUAUCGCUGUGUCCUACGCUCUGAUCCUCAGGGCCAUCUUCCGGCUCCCAUCCAAGGACGCCCGGCUCAAGGCUCUCCGCACCUGCGGCUCCCACUUCUGCGUCAUGUUAAUAUUUUACAUACCGGCCUUCUUCUCGUUCUUAAGCCAUUGCUUUGGGCGCAAUGUCCCCGGCCACAUCCACAUUCUUCUCGCCAACCUCUACAUGCUUGUUCCACCCACACUGAACCCCAUCAUUUACGGGGGGAAAACCCAGCCAAUCUGGGCCAGGGUGCUGAAAACAUUCGAUCCUCAAAGGCGCAGCCCCUGA